UCAAUUGUACUGUAGCUGCAAUAAAGCCUAAUGUUUGUGAAUGAACUACCUUGAGCUAUUCAAUCUACUAAGUAAAUCCAAGGGCCUCGUCCGCCAUCUAAAGCGAUGAAUUAUAUAAAAUCGAUUAAUUCACAUGUAAAAACGGCGUCUACAUCAAAUUUAAUUAACUCUGUUAGAAAAAAUUCCCGAAAUCCCUACGCUAAAUUCUUGGACAAGUGCAUCCGAAGCCCGAUUAUAGUAAUACCGGAAAGCAACAAGGUCGACAUUAUAGGACCACCUAAUUCACAAUCGAAUUUACGUCCGAUCAUACGUCAGCAAUUGCCCAAGGAGACCGUUCUGCAGCAAAAACUGCGAACGUUUCAAGAUGAAACUCAGGCGUGGAACGAAGACUUUUGGAGUAAACACAACGUUAAAUUUUUGCAGCAAAAGGAGGAGUUCGUGAAAUCGUCCGAAAGCGCGCAGCCACUUUCCUCUGACGAAAUGAGCCAGUUUUACAAGAAGUUCCUCGACGAUAACUGGAAAUCCCACGUGUCGUACAACUUUGAGUGGUACAAAAGGAAUUUUCGCAUAUUAUAUCUCGCACUUCGAGUGAGCUUGGAACGGUUCAAGAAAGUAUCAAGGUGAUCUGGUAAAACAAAAGAGAAUUGGUCACAAAAUGAAGUGCGUAAUAUUAGUGACACUUGCAAUUUUUGCAACGAAUUGUGAGAUUAUCAAUAAAUCGGUUAUUAGAAAUGUUCGAUUCUUCGGAGGGUUACAUGUCAAAGAAGAAAUUCGUAUCAUAAUGCUCAACAAUGGGACGCAAUCCGUGGAUCAUUUUCGUUAUUGGUUAGAUCCUAAUGUUGUCAAUUUCAUUGUUAAAUUCUCUGGUGAAAACGGCACACUGACUCACGAAACCACAACUGAAGCACCUGACGAAUUUCGUGUCAAUUUACAAUCUAACUUUAAACCCGGUCACGUGCUUAAAGUAGUAGUGAACUUGAUCAGUUUCGGUCAAGUUGUUCCCGUGCAAAAUACUCUGAUGGGUCCUCAUCAGUCUGUGGUGUACAGAGGAAACGUGGGCUUUUAUUCCGGUUACAAAACGUCUAUCGCAACAAGUUCCUUUACUUUAAAACCUGAAGGGAUGAAAGCGUUACAGAUUAGCCCAUCUCCACUGUACCAGUUGGAGGGCAGUGUGGAGUAUAUCACAAAAAAUAUCAGCCCUCUUAGCCUUACACGCUUGACAGUUGCCUAUCAAGAUAAUACCCCCCUCAUUACGAUUUUAUCAUUGAAGCGACUUAUCACGGUUUCACAUUUUGGCAAAAUUUUUGUUUCUGAUCAAGUGAGUGUGAAAAACGAAGGAAGGUUUAAUUCUUCAUUUCCUUACAUGAACGUGAACAACUUUGACUGGUGGUGGUAUACGCACUUACCUGCAACUGCAGAUGACGUGGGAUACUUUGACGAACUGGGAAAUAGCAGCAAAUCUACGCUUCUACACUACAAAAAUUACAAAACUUUAAAGUUUCAACCCCGCUAUCCGCUGCUAAAUGGGUGGAAAACGAGUUACGUCAUCAGAUACAGUGUGCCCUCCGUUCAUUACUUGUGGAAUCAUGUCGACGAGUUUUCAUUGAAGAUGAGAGCAGUUGAUCAUAUCUUCGAUGAUGUGCUUAUUAAGGAUGCGAUCGUGAAGGUUCUUUUACCUGAAGGUGCGACGAUUAUUAAUGUAACAUUGCCUGGCUUAUUUACAAAGUUUGAUGUGGGCCAAUCAACGUUUGGAAGACCACAAAUCAUAUUUGGCGCAAAGAGUGUAUUUGAAAGCUUUGAAGAUUUUCACAUUCAGUAUUUUCUGCCAAAAUAUUAUCUCCUUAAGACACCUUUGCUUAUAGUACUUUCUUUAGAAUGUUUGUUUGUUAUCUUUAUUACUGCGUAUUGGGUUUAAUCUUGUAUUCUACUAGUUGUUGUAUCUGUAGAUAGUUGUACACUCGUUUCUGCAUCUUGUAUUUGUGGUAAUUGUGGCUAACUUUAUAAGAAACUUAUGAACAAUAUUUCAUACCAGGCCGGCCUAAUUUAGGUAUUAUACUUCGAAAUGCUACAAUUAAGAAUCCUCAACUAUCCCUUAUUAAAAUCACCCAAAAAAAUUC